AUGGCUUCUCCAGCCCCUACCACAACUGAAGGUCUUCCUACAGGCUCCGGCCAAUCUGGUCAGUACGAAUCGUCGCAGCACGAGGAUAGUGCCGAAUCUGGAGAAGAUGUCUCUCCAACGCGUGAAUUCACCGACGGCCAAGCGCCGAAGCCACAGCCACUCCAAAAGAGGCGCCGGGUAACACGCGCAUGCGACGAAUGUCGGCGCAAGAAGAUCAAGUGCGAUGGAAAGCAGCCAUGCACCCAUUGCACCGUCUAUAGCUAUGAAAGCCAAUUGAAGCGCGCCAAGGCGCUUCUGCAUGUUGUCUUUCCCACAGUCGACCUGAACGACCCUAGCAUUGAUUCCCAUCUUCAAAGUGGCCUGCUCCCGCAAUUACCGGUCGCAGGCCCACGGCCCCAGGCUGUACAGACUGACCCACGUCUUCUGCCGAGCCAUGGAGAUCAGCCACUCGAAGACGUGAAUGAUUCGCACCUGGAAGCCAUGGUGAAGGCCACAGGCCAUCUGGAUCUUGACGAAGAGGGCAACUGGGACUACCAUGGUCACUCGUCAGGGGAUGAAGCGCAAGCCUUGUGUGAUGCCGCCAUUGUCGAAGCCAGUGCAAUGCUCCGAGUCGUGCACUUACCCACUUUCUAUAAGCAGUUCGAUCGCAUGUGGGAAUUGUCUCCGGACCAAUACGGCAAUGCAGAGAACGGCUUUCUUCCCCUCCUUUUUGCCGUGCUCGCGCUCGGAAAGCUUUUCUCCAAACACGACAGUGACCUCGACAAAGCCAGCUACGAGACAUUGAUUGACGAAGGAUACAAAUACUUCCGAGCAGCACGGCAACUCAUCGACGUCACCGACUGCAGAGACUUGACCGCGCUUCAGACCAUUAUUUUCAUGAUCCAAUUCCUGCAAUCAUCCGCAAAGUUGAGCGCUUGCUACGCGUACAUUGGAGUUGCACUUCGCUCAGCUCUCCGCAUGGGACUACACCGCUCCUUCAACACUAACUUCAACACCGUCGAAUCGGAAACCCGCAAACGCAUAUUCUGGGUGAUACGGAGGAUGGACUCGUAUGUUGGAGCCAUGCUUGGUCUUCCACGCUUUCUGGAAGACGAGGAUAUUGACCAGGGCUGGCCGGCCGAAGUGGAUGAUGAUUACAUCACCGAGGAUGGCAUCUUGCCAAUGCCGGAAGGUAGCAUCUCGGUCAUGGUCGCCUUCAAUGCCCACACUCGGAUUGUGCAGGUUCUGAGUAAGAUCUGCAAGUAUGUGUACCCGAUCAAGGGAACGCAUUCAAGUGACAAGAAUUCGGUAACAUACACGGUCAGCUAUUCGAAAAUUCGAGAGCUCGAGCAGGAUUUGGCGCAGUGGCUUGAUGAACUGCCAGCAGCACUUAGGCCUGGGGGUGAGCAAUCAGCUUUGAUUACCAGAGUUCAGCAAAUGCUCCGUAUGGCGUUCGGACAUGCGCAACUACUACUGUAUCGUCCAUUCCUUCACUACGUAUCUCAGGCCAGCAGCGGCAAAGUGGUCGACCAAAGAGCAUUUGCAUGCGCUUCUGCAUGUGUGAGCGUGUCACGCAACAUUAUCCACAUUUCGACAGAAAUGCGAAAGAAGGGAGUACUAGCUGGAGCAUACUGGUUCUCCAUGUACACCACAUUCUUCGCCAUUGUCUCGAUUCUGUACUUCGUCCUCGAAAAUCCUACCAACCCCACCAGCUUCGAUCUCCUACGAGACGCGGUGGAAGGCAAGGAGGUCUUGGCGUUCUUUUCGAAGCGAAGCAUGGCGGCUGACAGGUGUAGUUCUGCGUUGAAGAGCAUGUUUGAGAGAUUGCCCGAAUCGAUCAAGCACGGCGGCGAGAUCAUCGAAUCGAAGAAGAGACGCCAUGACAGCUCGCCGCAGUCAUUUGCUCCACGGCCGGAUCUACUCAAAGACGAUUUCAUGGCGCCGCGUCGUGCAAGCACCUUCCCUGAGAGCAUGCCCGAUGUCAAGCGCACAGCUCUUUCACACUCUCUGCCUCUUUCGCAAUCUCACCUUGCAAACUUAGGCUUGGAUCCUGCGUACAACUCCCCUACUCCAUCGGAUGGAAGCUUCUUCGAUUCAGUGCCCGGUCUUACUCCUACAUCAUCGACUGCAAGUUUGCAAGGCUUUGGACUUGGCCCAACGCAGACCCCACAACAGAGGUCAUCAUUCCCCGCAACACCGCUGGGCGCCAACUACGCUGACCCCUCUGGGCUGAACGUCCCAGACAUUUCGACAAUGAUGUUCCCGUCAGCGGAUCCGCUGGCAUACCCCAAUCAACCAAUGACUGCAUUUGAGAGCCGGCACCCGCAAAUGUUUGACCGCAACACAGCUUCGCCAGCGGUCGGCAUACCGCAGCCAAUGUCUGGCAUCGACAUCAAAUCGCACGCUGCACAGUUUGCGCCUCCAGGGUUCGGGGCCAAUCAGCCCCGGCGGGACGGCGAUGUGCAGCUCUUUGGACAAAUGCCAAUGUACCUCAUGCAAGGCGGACAAGCCCAGCGGGGAUUCCAGCCCCACCAUGGAAGUCCCAACAUGCACCUGCCCAGCAACAAUCUGCAAUUCGACGACCUGCUGAACCAAGACGAAUGGGCAAAUUCCUUCCUCGACCCCAGUCUGGGUUUGAACAACAGCCCCGCGCAGUUUGGCGGGCGCGGGCAGUUUGCGCCGUCGGGACAGGGCAUGGGUGGCUGGCGUUGA